AUGGCGAUUCCUUCUUCUGCAUCUCCGUCCAGCAUAUCCUCUCCUUACUGUUAUUCGAGUUCCGAGCCUGCUCGCUUCGUUCGCUUUCCGUCGAUUACCGUGUCAUUGACCGCUCUGAAACAACAUCCAUCUCGGUUCAGUUUGUCUUCAUGUUUGAAUUCUUCGAAGCCCUCUGGCGCCGGCGGUUCCGUCUCUCCCGGUGAUGACGAUCUUGAGUACGAGCUCCAGCACGGAUUCGCACCCCCGCAACGGCGAAAAGGAGCCUCUGUCUUUGUUAAGCUUCUACUUAACGCGACGAGUUUGAUUGAGAACUCCGAGCGCCGGAAGAAGCUAGCGUUUGAGAUGAAGGGUCUCACUGCAGCUGGCGUGGAAGGUGUGGUCAUGGAGGUCUGGUGGGGAAAUGUUGAGGAAACGCCAGGGAACUAUGAUUGGCGAGCGUAUUGGGAUAUAGUGGCCAUGGCUCGAGAUCGCAAAUUAAAGGUUCGCGCGGUUAUGGCGUUUCAUCAGUGCUGCACUGUGCCCGGUACAUCUGGGUGGAUUGCUCUUCCUCGUUGGGUGUUAUCUGAGAUGGACAAGAAUCCAGACUUGGCAUAUUGUGACAGGUUUGGAAAAAGGAGCAGAGAAUACAUUUCCUUGGGAUGUGAUAUCCUUCCUGUUCUCAAAGGCCGGUCACCUGUUCAAAUUUACUCAGAUUUUAUGAGGAACUUCAGAGAUACAUUUAGAGAGUUCCUUGGGGGUAUUAUAACAGAGAUUCAAGUUGGCUUGGGUCCUGCAGGUGAACUUAGAUAUGCUUUAAGCCCUUCUCAAAGGCUUAGAUGGCAUUGGCGGUUUGAUGAAAUUGGAGAGUUCCAGUGCUAUGAUAGGUACAUGCUUGCAUCUUUGAGGGCUAGUGCACAAGAUGCUGGACAACCAAAAUGGGGAACUGGAGGCCCUUCAGGUGCUGAACACAUGACUCAGCGUCCCGAAGAGAUAGAGUUCUUUAAGAGUACCGGAGUUUGGCGUACCAUCUAUGGUCAUUUUUUUCUUGAAUGGUACUCUGGGAUGUUGCUUCUGCAUGGAGAGAGGUUAUGCAUUGCAGCAAAAACCAUCUUUCAUGGUACAGGGGUGAAUAUAGCUGCUAAAGUGGCAGGGAUAUUCUGGCACUAUCAUACACUAUCGCAUCCGUGUGAAUUGACUGCAGGUUAUUACAAUACCUCAACCAGAGAUGGAUACCUCCCCAUCAUCCAGAUGUUCGGCAGGCAUGGGAUUACCUUGUGCUGCGAAUGCUUUGAAUUGGUUGAUCAAGAUGCGAAGAAGUUAAACUUGACUAGCAGUCCGGAAGGGCUAGUUAAGCAACUCCUGUUGGCUGCUAAGGCAUGUGAUGUACCCCUGGUGGGUGAAACUUCUGACUAUAGGAUUGAUAAUACAUCACAGAAAAAUGUGCUAGAGAUGUUCAUGUUAUACUCAGAUGGUCUCACUGAUCCAUCCAUUUCUUUGAACUUCGGGAAAAUGAGCCCAAGGAUAUUUGGGCGUGAUAAUUGGAUCCACUUUUGCAAUUUUGCUCAGCAGAUGAACAGAGUCACUGAUUUUCAAUCCAAACUAAACGUUUAUUCUGUAUUAGCAACGACCGAGACUUUUGUAUACUCUUAG